AUGACACCUAAGAAAUCCUCAGUACUCGGCCCUUUCGAGCCGACACUCAUCCUCCACGGGGGAGCAGGCUCCCUCUCUCGUGCAAAUCUUCCUCCCGAUCUCUAUGCACGUUACCAUGCAUCUCUUACCAAAUACCUGACUGUCACCCGUGAGUUACUCAACUCCGGUACAUCCGCGCUUGACGCUGCAUGCCAUGCUGUUUCUUUGCUGGAAGAUGACCCCUUGUUCAACUGUGGUCGUGGGUCCGUCUUCACCGAGUCAGGAACCAUUGAGAUGGAGGCUAGUGUGAUGGUUUCCUCUCUAAACCCCGCCGGUCCUCCUGCUGGCGGGAUCAAACGUGCUGCAGCUGUCAGCCUCAUCAAGAAUACGAGACAUCCGAUCUUGCUUGCCAAGGAGGUGCUCUUGGAACCAGAUGAAGAUGGUGGGUUGUGCGGCACUAGUUCGAUGCACUGUCAGCUGAGCGGAAGAGAAUUGGAGGAAUGGGGAUGGGGGCAACGAGGUCUCGAGAAGAAACCAGACCGUUGGUUCUGGACCAAAAAGCGCUGGGAGGAGCAUAGAAAAGGGCUUCACCACGACGACUCCUACUCGUUUAACAAUCUCGUUGCCUCUGUCGAUCCUUAUACCGAGUCACCCUUCGAGGACGACGAUCCGGAAGUGGUCGAGAUCCCAAGUCAAGGCACAGUCGGAGCCGUGUGUCUGGAUACUUGGGGCAACCUCGCCGCGGCAACGUCGACCGGGGGCCUCACAAACAAGAAGGCUGGGAGGAUUGGAGACACGCCCACCAUUGGUGCAGGUUUCUGGGCCGAAUCGUGGGACGAAGAUGCCCCUAAUCCGCCCCAGGUUCGACAAAAGCCACCAUCACAAAGGGCCUCGGGAUUCGGAAAAAUGCCCGUCCUGGACCAGAUCCUGUCACACGCAAACGACUCCUUGGGAGCCUGCCUCAGUGUAUCCGAAGUACCGCAGACCAAAGAACCACCGAAUGGAGCACCUCCACCUUAUACUGCAUCGCCAUACCAAUCCUACUCAUCCCCUCAUGUACGACGAACCUCUUCUUCUUCUGGUCAACCUAUGCGAAAACGUCGGCGUGCUGUAGCAAUGAGCGGUACUGGGAACGGAGAUUCCUUCCUCCGUCUUAAUGCCGUGCGCACAGUUGCAGCACACUGCCGUUUCUCAGGCACACCCUCCAUAUCAUUAGCCGAUGCAGUCAAGCUGGUCACCGGCCCCGGUGGGGAAUUGCAGCGCUCUGCUGGCAACCGCUGGGGCAAAACAGGCGAAGGACAAGGCGGGAUCAUCGGCAUCGAAAUUGUCGAUGAGAUGGAAGAGGAAGAACCUCCUACGUGGGCGGACGACUUGAAGAAGCGAAGUGAAUGGGAAUCAACAAAGAAACGGGGUCGAGUGGUGUCCAACUUCAACUGUGGAGGGCUGUUUAGAGCGUACUACGAAGUCGACGAAUCUGGCGUGGAGGUGCCUAAAGUCAUGGUCUUCAAGGAGGAGUACUGA